GCACACCCAAAAACUAAGAGUAAACCACAUAUAUACUCAUCUUCAUCAUUAUAUCAGUCCCUGCUAAAAUGGACAAUUUUCCAAAGCAGUUGAAGUUAACUGCAUUAAUAAUGUUCUUAUUUAUAGUCGCGUUUUCUCACACGUUAGCCCUUCAACAAAAUUACUACAGUUAUUCAUGUCCAAAUGCUGAAAACAUCGUUAAACAAAUCGUUCAGCAACGCUUCAAAGCUGAUAGAAGUGUCGCUGCUGCUUUGCUUCGUAUGCAUUUUCAUGAUUGCUUUGUUAGGGGAUGUGAUGCGUCCAUAUUGAUAGACUCAACAACAAACAACCAAGCAGAGAAAGAUGCGGGAGCUAAUGGAUCUGUUAGAGAGUAUGCUCUCAUCGAUCAAAUAAAGGCUGCUCUUGAACGUGCAUGUCCUAAAACUGUUUCUUGUGCCGAUAUCAUUACACUUGCUACAAGAGACGCUGUUGCCCUAUCUGGUGGGCCAGUGUAUAGUGUCCCAACAGGUAGGCUGGAUGGGCUUAUAUCUCGGGCCAGUGAAGUAAACCUUCCGAGCCCGAGCUUUACUGUUGCUCAAGCCCGUCAAUCUUUUAGUGCUCGUGGGUUAACCCUAAAUGAUAUGGUCGUCUUACUGGGAGGUGGUCAUACUAUUGGAGUAGCUCACUGCAAUUUCUUCCAAAAUCGAGUAACCAACUUUCAAAACACCGGAGCCCCAGAUCGUACCAUGGAUAAGACUUUGGCAAGCAAGCUAAGGAAACUUUGUGCAUCAAACCCAAACGCAAAUCCUAGUACAUUCCUUGACCAAAACACAUCGUUUGUGUUUGAUAAUGAAUACUACAAUCAAAUUAAAAAGAACAAAGGGAUAUUGCAAAUUGAUCAAGAGCUUGCACUAGACCCUUUAAGUUCUUCAAUGGUUUCAAGUAUUGCUACUAAUAAUAACCAAUUUAGAAAAAGCUUUGUUAAUGCCAUUAUCAAAAUGGGGAACAUCAAAGGAAGUGGUGGUGGAGAAAUUAGGAAAAAUUGUAGGAGAAAAAACUAAAAAGAAAAUUUAGGACCAUCUAAUUAAGAUAUUAGAAGCCCUUUUCUUUUUCUUUAUUUCUCCUUUCAUCUAAUCAUCAUACAUACUCUAUGUAAGAACAAAAUUGUAACAAUUAUUGUGAUGAACUUCAUUCGUAUUUGUGAUUAUAUAUGCAACUACGUACUUUUAGUCACCAUCUUAAUCCUAU